CUUCAUAUAUUUUUAUAUUAUUAACGUAAUUAACAUAAUAAAAAAAAAAUACUAAAAAAUGUAUACGGGCCCCAGAAGCGCCCUACGUUCCAUCUAAGUACGAGACUGUCGAGCCAGUCACGUGGUCCCCGCUGCACUUGCGAUGGAGAUGGCCAAGUGGUGGGAAAAAUCCCUCCGUCCACUACCCCUGGUUACCGGCGGUCUUAGUAAGUUACGGACUGCAUGCAAGUGCACAUCGAUCGUGUUGACGGCUGUCUCUUGGCUGACCCCGACGAGUGUGCUCGGUUUGCUUCGCUGUUUUUUUCCCCCCAUGUCUCCGCAUUUCAAUUUCGCGCUAGUUGGAUUCUCAUCUCGCGCAGCGACUUGCCGGGACGGAUCUCGGAACUAGUUCGGAGUUUGCGAAUUUGCCAACUUGCAGAAAAUUUGUCGGCGACGGAUAGAGAGGAAUAACACGCGAAGGACGGCGAACCAACGCAACGGCGAUAGAAUAGUGUGAUACGCGGCGCGGAGGAGAGACGAGACCUUGGACGAAGUGCGCGUGUGCGACACGAGUGCCCGCGGUUUUGCCAUCCGUUUUAAUUUUUGCGCUACCACUUAUCUUUUGCCGGCUUGCAUCUGCUUGCUUCGUGCUUCUAGAUCGUACCCGCAUAUCGUAUGAAAAGAAAAGAAAAAAACAAGACAAGGUUUAUUAAAAGAUAGACAGAUAAUAUAUAUCUUGUAUAUAAGCAAAUAAAAGCGGAAAGAAGGUGCGCACGGCAAGAAGGGCGAGACGAGAAAGCGUGCGAGAUAAGUGGCAAAGAGGGGAGGAUUGUCCAUUUCCGGAGGCGGAGACUUCCUGCCGCGCUUUUCCCUUCCCUUUCUCCUUUUCAAUUCCCUCCUGUCCCCGUCGCUCGUGUUGCUUGCGAUCGGCGGUGUGCCCUCGCAACGUGCGUGCAUCGUGCACCGCUGAAGACGCGCGUAACGAAAUUGCGCGGUGCCACGAUACUUAUUUAAAGCGCGGCCACACUAGCGCGGCACGUGUAACGCAUCCAGAGUGCUACGGCCGGCCACGCGGUAACGGAUAAAUUACGCAGAAGAAUUCUGCAUGCGAGAUAUACACGGGUGAGGGGAUUCUUCUCGAUUGAGCCGCGCCGGCGGAUCUCGCGUGAUUACUAGAUUCAGUGCUCGCGUGUGACGAGAGCCAGUGGAUCCUCUCUCGAACACCGUCAAUUUGUCCAAAGCCUUCAUUAUACGAAACAGCCACUGCGAGCCAGCGAGAGGGAGAGAAGGAGAUAGAAAGAAAAAGAGAGAGACAGAUGACAGGAAAGUAGAGCUAUACAGAUAGCGAUACGAAAGAUUCGCGAACACAGCUCUAUGCAUAGGAUAACGGAUAAUAAUUACCGUUAUCUUAUUUAAACGAGAUCAGAUCCAACGGAAUCGGUUUCUUCGAUUUCGGCAAGAGAUCGCGACAAGGAAAAAGAAGAUCGGCUUUCCGUCUAUUAAUAUUAAAGAGUCCUGCGAACGUCAUGAAUAAAGAGAAAAAGAAUGAAUCUACGUCAACAGAUUCGGAUUGUUCUAAAACGGGUUAUAAGCGGACAACACCGAAAUGUAAGCGAUGCGAACGUCACGGAGUGAAGAACGUUGAGCUCAAAGGACACAAGAGAUACUGCGCAUACCAAAACUGCGGUUGUUUAAUAUGCCAUGUAGUUGUUGCGGAACAGAAAUUAUCGGCAAGGAACAUAGCUAUGAAACGAGCGCUUAAGAAUGAAGAGAAAGAAAUAGCACCUGAAGAGAUACCACCAAUGCCUUGGUUUUUGACCAACUUCAAAAAGUAUGGCUUUCACGUUUUAACAAACUAUACUCUGCAGGAGAUACAGAAGUCUGGUUUCACGGUCUUGAGAGAUCCUUCAAAGAUGUGGUAUAUCUUAGCCAGCCUCAACAAAUGUGCCUAUGACUUGGACGCGGGAAUUAAAAAUAAUGCCGCUUUGGAAUUUGCUGCUAACAUCUCUCAAGCUAUAAUUCGUCAGUUGAAAAUUAGUCGCCGGAAUAUCGUGCAAAAUAUAACUUUUUCAUUCAUAAUUAUAUAUUUAAUAUAUUUUCCAUUUUUAUUUAAAUAUAAUUUACUUCCACCUUGAAAAUUACAUAUAAUCAAAAAUUUAAAUUUUUGAAACUUAGCAUUGCUCUUCUAAUUAUUUGAAGUUUAUAAUUAGAUUUGAUUACUUCUUGAUAAUACUGACCUCCAUAUGAAUGGAGUAAUAAAGAAAAUUGAUUAAAUUUAAGCCAGAAGCUCAGCAAUAUAUUUCUAAUGCAAAUUUAUGCACUCAAGAAUUGGUACAAACUUAAUUGGGAACCAGCGCAGCAACAAGAAGAUAUAUUUAAUGUUUGCCGAUGUCAGAAUAAUAAAUCGAAAUUGGCAUAUAAAUAUUAAAAGCAUAAGUAU